AUGGUGCGCUUAUUGCUCGCUAAUUUCUUGGGCCGGUCCAGGUUUAUAUUCCUUGGCCGCUGCAAACGCUGCCGGGAACUUGAUAAACUGAAGCUGGAACCCAAGCCGGACGACCACGAUUACAUAGGGCAGAGCGACGAUUUCAAAGGCGACGAAGAACUAAUGCUAAGGGUCAUUCAUUACAGGAGGAAAUGCAAAGUGACCGGUGGUUUCGAUGUCGAUUGCCCUCCAUCAUCGGAAUACGGUUACAUCUACCGUCUAGAACAUUAUCAUACUAUUGAUCGAAAUUUUGACAAGAAAGUUGAGAGGGCUGUCAAAUUUGUGGUCGACACAUAUAAUCAACAAAAGGAUCAAAACUUGAUUUUACUUAACAUUCAGAACGUAAAUGUCCGGCUCGGUGGUUGUUGGUACGUAUUCUACGUAACUUUUGAAGGCUUCCAAGAGUCUCGUCAUAAGCGGAAUGGUGGUAGUUAUGUUCGUAAUUACCAAACAGUGGUAUCUUAUGAACGUUGGCGGCGUGUCCCCAUUUAUAAAAUUCAUAUCUUCAGAAAGAGUAAAUCAAUUAGCAAAGAUGAGGAUUUGCUACCAACUCGUCCCUCUGACAAAGAAAGUACAAGUUGA